AUGCAGGUCUCCGCAGUCCUCGCAUCCCACCCCGUCUUCCGCGCCAUCCCCUCCCUCGCCGAGCGUGUCCCGAUCGCCGGCGGCGUGCUCCCUCCACCCUUCGACGUGGUCCACGUCGGCUGUACCGAACUUGUUUCUUUGCUGCAGGUGACCACGACCAGUGCUGUAUCGCCCGCGCCACUGCAAGAGGCAAUUGGCCUCAAGAACAGGAUCGAUCUGGCAGUCGCCGUCUUUGGCCUCGACGCCAACCUCCAGCAGCUUGCCACGGAUGGUGACCUCGGUUUCGGCCGCCUCUACCAGCGCAUCGACACCUUCGGCGGCGGGUUGACGGAUGCUAUCGACGACAUUGUCAUCUCUAUCGAUGACUUGGACGAGAGGGUCGACGAACGCCUCGCCAGACUCUCGGAGCGGAUGGACAACCUUGCUGUCGAGCUGGAAUCCCAGCGCAUUCGCUCGACCAACCCAGCUCGUGCCCUCGCCCGCCUCCCGGUCCUUGUCCCCCGUCACCUUGGCCGUCCCCUCCCCCAGGGCGUGCCCGGCGAGUUUGCCAACCCUGGCGGCAUCUCCAACGCCGGCACGGCGGUCCUGCGCGGCAUGGUCGCGUACUACCUGGAAGCCGACGCCGACACUCUGCCCGUCAUGUCCAAGGAGGACAUGGUCCCCGUCAUUCGCCGCCUCCUCGGACUCGACUCGGUCAUGCACGCUUAA